AUGUUGAAGUUGUUCUCAGGUGGUCUAAAAAAAAAACAGAUUUGUGUUAUUGUGGUAGAUAAGUUGUUGGCAUUUUUCAAAUUGGGGUUUAUCAGUGCUAACUGCUGGGAAAAGUGUAAAUCCAAUGUGGCAGCAGCAGCAGCAGUAGCACCAGCAGCAGGUAUUGGUAGUGUUAUUUGUGAUGUUGCUCAUGUUGAUGCUGAUAUUGCUGAUUUUGCUGUUGCUGGUGAUGUUGGUGAUGGUAUCUAA